GAAUAAAAGCCUUUCUGGCUUGUUGGCCACAUCUCUGCACACACCAAUCAAGACAGAAAACUUCCACAAUUUUUAUAUGCUUGAAUCAAAACAGUUAGGAAGGUAAGAUUAUUCCUAUUUAUUUUAUUUGAGCAAGAGGAAUUUCUGCUGCAAGAAAAUUCUCUGUACAAUGAAGCAAACCUUUAUGGUAGCAGGUGGAGAAUAAAGUAUGUCCUUCUCUGCCCCCUUCUUUGCUUCACAGUGGGUUCUGUAGGGACACUGAGGCAUAAGGUGCCAGCCUAUUCCAUGCCAGGGAGAUCUGGAGGGUUUUCAUAGGCAUGUAGAUUUGGGAUUAUCUUCCUUUCCCUGCCACAUAGAUUCCAGGGGCAUGGCCUAAACAAGAGAUGACAUAGGGUGAUCCUGUAAGAAAAAGAAUGGGGAUUUUUAGUUGAUUAUUCCAGGUGUUUGGGUGAGUUUUCUGAAAUCCAAAAAACAAAGACCUUUUCUGUCCCCUUCCCAGCCUCAAGUAGUUAGACUGAGCUUUAAACAAGUUGCUGUUUCAGAGCAGUUUGACAGCCUGCUUCCCUUGCUCUUGUUUGCAACAGUAAAAUAGGAAAUAUAACAACAAAGCACCCAAACCCUCGGCAUUUAUGACGGUUUCAGACAUACAAGUGAAUGUGUGUUUUGAAAUCACUGGGUUAAUUCAUACCUGGAAAAUACUCAGCAAACAUGAUGCUGUGAUGUGUGUCCAAGCUCCCUGAGCAGGAGGGUGCUGGGUCAGUCUCAGCUGUGCCUUGCUGAGCUGCAUAAGGAUCCUUUGCACCUGCAGCUCCUUCUGUCAGCAGAGAUGCUUUUCUGCAUGUGGUUUGGGAACUCUUCAGCCUUCAUUGUUCUCUUGGUUUUUUUUCUAUUUUUCUAGCAUGUGCUUUGUAUCUGGAACACUCUUAUAGAAGUGCACAUUGCAGCCCAUAACUUUCUUCUUCUCUUAACUUUUGUCAGCUCUGCUUUUGAAUUCUAAGCUCUACAGAAGCAGUUUAUAUGCAGCACCCUCUAGAACUCAGAGGAAGAUGUGCUGUGGUUAGGAAAUGUGUAGCUAAAUCCACGGGCCAAGAGUUUGCAGCUAAAUUUUUAAAGAAAAGGAGAAGAGGUCAAGACUGCAAAGCAGAGAUUGUGCAUGAAAUUGCUGUCCUUGAAUUAAUGAAAUCCAAUCCUCGCAUAGUUAAUCUGCAUGAAGUCUAUGAAACAGCAAAUGAAAUCAUCUUAGUGUUGGAAUAUGCUGCUGGAGGAGAAAUAUUUGACUUGUGUGUCCCAGAUCUGGAUGACAGAAUUGGUGAAAGGGAUAUUGUAAGGCUUAUAAGGCAGAUACUUGAAGGACUUUGCUGCUUGCAUGAAAACAAUAUUGUUCAUCUUGAUUUAAAGCCUCAAAAUAUUUUACUGAGUAGCAUCAAUCCUCUUGGUGAUGUAAAAAUUGUAGAUUUUGGGAUGUCCCGGAAGCUUGAGAAUUCCAGUGAGCUGCGGCAGAUCAUGGGAACCACAGAGUAUCUCGCUCCAGAAAUCUUGAACUAUGAUCCUAUUACUACAGCUACAGACAUGUGGAACAUCGGCGUCAUCUCAUACAUGCUGCUGACACAAGAAUCUCCAUUUGUGGGAGCUGAUGUUCAAGAAACUUAUCUUAAUAUAUCUCAAGUUAAUGUGGAUUAUUCAGAAGAAACAUUUUCAUCAGUUUCACAGCCUGCAAAAGACUUCAUUCAGAAACUUCUCGUAAAAAAUCCAGAGGACAGGCCCACUGCAUUGGACUGUCUGUCCCAUUCGUGGCUGCAGCAAGGGGAGCUGCCGCUCCUGUACAGCCCCGAAGAAACUUGCUGCUCCUCUCAGCUGCCAGGACACACGGGCAAGUGCUCAGAAGAGCGGAGUGUGAAAUCCAGCUGCAACGGGAGCUGCAGCCACAAGGAGGACAAGGAGAACAUCCCUGAGGACAGCAGCACGCUCUCCAAACGCUUCCGCUUCGACGACUCAUUGCAGUAUCCCCAAGACUUCAUGACAGACUUCGUGUGCUGAUGUAGAACACAGACUUCUCAUGAAAUGAAAGCAUAAUCUGUUCUAGUGGUGAAAGAAAGAUCCUGGCUUGCCAAUUCAUGCAGCAUUGGCAUACUGGAAAUGCACUUUGAUUCUUUUAUGCUGGUGCCUCCUUUUCUAUCCAUUGCUGGCAGUGGAUUUAACUAAGGAAUUGGAGAUGUUACACCAAUAAAAUGAAUUAUUUUUUUUUAAGAAGAUAUAAUUAAAUAUUUUUGCACUUUUCAAGUUCUAGUCAAAGGAUGAUGCUAGAAUGAACAAACUGAAACCUGCAAAUGAGUAUAAGCAUAGCCUUUGCCAAAUGGGUUGAACACAUGCAUGCUUUUAGGACUACCCUUAGUAAGAAAUUGGGAAGGAAAGCAGAGAAAUUAAUCUUGCUGGUUUACUGGAGUUGCUUGCUGUCAUUCUCAGCACUUUGAAUAGAGGCUAAAUUUGAUGUUUUGGGACUAUGGUACGUCUGUUGGGGCCAUUUGGAAACCUGUUUUACCUCUAGGGUCACUAGUAGUUCUGCCUUAUGGAUCUGGUCUACUUGGGCAUUCUAAUGCAUAUUCUGUGUGGUUAUGCUGUGUUGGAUCUCUGCAACACUUGGCAUAGAAAAUGGGUAGAUUGUCAGUCCUUGUGCUUGUGGUCCUUGGCUUCUUACCAUAAAUUACAUUUGAAGAUGAGGCUCCUAUGCUGAUGUGACUAUUUGAACUUGGUGGUUUGCUUUUAUUAAACCUCUGAAAUAGUAUAAUCUACCUGUAUUGAUUUUUCCUUAUCUUAAAAAAAAAAAACCCAAAACAGUCCCCCCGAAAAAACCCCACACAAACACCAAAACACAAAGCCUCUAGUUAAAAGAGUAAACUGAGUAAACUGAAAAUAACUAUUUUUGCCAGUGAAACGGCAAUUAACAGCUUUUCUCUGUGCCCCUCUAAAGCGGAAGUGUAUCUUGCUGUCAAUUAGUGUUGCCCAUAAUUAUUCAGCUUCAUGCCUGCUCUGUGAAAUGGACUGCAGUGUGUUAGUAUUUCAGGAAAAACUACCUAAUAAUUGUUUUAAGCCUUUAAAAUUGGUUUGGUUAGUGGUAUUUUUUAAAGUUCUGUGCCUUCCACUCUCACUUGGUUCUGGUUCUGAGGUCAUAAUCCCUGUGUCAAGUUUUGUCUUAAAGCAAAUUCCAGUUGUGCCUUAACAGUCUGAAAGUCAUACUCAUAAAAUAAGCCCCUUAAUCAUAACAGAGCUUGUGAGCCUUUUUUGGCAGUGAAUUUUUAUUAAAACUCUUAGAGAUAUUUUGAAAGUAAAUACCAGUUUAAAAUAUUUCAAGAUUUUCCACUCCUCAAAGGUUAAAUUUAAUUGUCUUUUAAUUGGGUUUGUUUUCUGCAAUAAAAUACCACAAUCUGAUAAUCUU